UAAUGGUGAUUGAUAGUUCAAAGACGGAGUAUUUGGAUUUAAACAUAUGGUCUGUGGAUUAUUGGGUUUCAGAAACUGAUUUGGAAAUCCCUUCUUUUAUCUGAAUUUUUCAUUGCAAAGUACAACUUUGAAGCUAACAGAACCAGGAAAAAUGAUGGAAUAGCAUAAGAUAAGAAGUCGAGGGAGGGAGGGUAUUGCAAUAUAGCAAGUUAUAUCUCUUGCUAGACUAUAUAUAGAACCCAAAUGAUGGUCCUGAUGCAGUCCUCGCAGGCAUUUUGAUCACUAGAAAGCAGUUUUAUGUGUGUUGUUUGGUGAUGGGCAUCCCAGUUUCCCCAACAUGUAUAUCUUGCUUUAGUUUUGGAUUCACAAUGUGCAGUAGGGAAAUGACAGCAAGUAUCAAACGGAAUUUGUUCACUAGUUGGUUCUUGAUAUCCUGUGAUCUAUCAUAAUGGCUGGGUGUUACUUAUGUACUUUGAGUUUGCUUUUUUGUUCUUGAUGUGGAGUAUUCUGGCUUCAAAUAGUGGUGUUUUGCAGGGCAUUGACCAGGUGCAUGUCUUCUCCCAUUUCGAUAAGUUGUUAUGCCAAUGCCUUUUCUUUGCCUUUUGCCUUUUCCAGUUUGAUUUUUUUGGGCGUUCGGUAAAUAUUAGAACAUGGGGUUGUAUUAACUCGAUAGACCAACCUUUCUGAUAGCAAUUCCCUUGGUUGCAACUUUUUAUGUUGUCUCUAAUUAAAUCACCAGGGACUUGUGUUGCCACGACUUCUUGCUCUUUCUCUGGCCUUUCUGUUUUAUUGUGCUCCUUAGUGUAUUCUGCCCGAGUAUCUCUUCUAGAAGUUAAGGUUACCUAUUGCAAGCUCUGACUUACUGGAUAGUGUUUGAUUCAGGAGCAGAAUAAACUCUUUAAAGGGUGACUAGGUAAAUAGCAGCCGACAAGCAAUGCCUGUAAUAGUUCCAUGGCCAUGAUGAAGCUGUUUGAUGCUCAUUGUCACCUACAAGAUCCGAGGGUGUUCAAUAUGGCCCCACAGAUAAUCAGGAAAGCGCUUGAUAAUGGGGUUGCUCAUUUUGCUGUCAAUGGAGUCAGUGAGAGUGACUGGCAUUUGGUUAAGGAGAUGAGUGAUAGGCAUCCUUCGGUGAUUCCAAAUUUUGGGAUCCAUCCAUGGUUUGUUGCUGACAGAACUCCCAAUUGGCUGAACACUUUGAAGGAAUUCUUUGAGGCUAAUCCUGCAGCUUCAGUUGGAGAGAUAGGUUUGGACAAAGGUUCACGUGGGAAGCAGAUUGAUUUUACAGACCAGGUUGAAGUUUUCCGACAGCAACUUCAGCUUGCUAAAGAGUUGAAAAGACCAGCAUCUAUCCACUGUGUGCGAGCUUUUGGUGAUUUACUUGAUAUACUGAAAUCUGAAGGACCAUUCCCUGCUGGUGUGCUUUUGCAUUCUUUCUUGGGUUCUGCCGAAAUGGUUCCUGAAUUUGCUAAGCUUGGUGCGUACUUUUCCUUUUCGGGGUUUCUUAUGUCCAUGAAGGAAACCAAGGCAAGGAAAAUGUUGAAGUCUGUUCCUCGUGAUAGAAUUUUGUUGGAGACAGAUGCACCCGAUGCUCUUCCAAAAUCAAACAAUUCAGAUUCUCUUCUUGUGAUUGGAAGUCCUGAUGAAGAUUCAACUACCAAGGACAGUCCCUUGUUUGAGAAUGCAUCUCUAAAGGAAACCAACAAAUCAACUUUGGAGACAGAAAACCUUAAUCAUCCUGCUAACAUUCACCAUGUACUGUCUUAUGUAGCAUCUUUGCUUGAUAUGACUAGGGAAGAACUUGCUGAAAUUAGUUAUGGAAAUGCGGUAAACCUCUUCACUUAUGAAGGUUCCAAGAAAUAUAACUAACAGGUAUUAGUGGCUGGUCUAGUGCCUACUUGUUCCACAAUAUCAAUCCAACGAAGUGGAGUAAAAGAGACUUGGAUGUCUAGAAAUCGAUCUGAAGCUUCUUUGUAAUUUCUGUUGUGACCGACAUAUUUUUACUGGUGCAUACUGCAAGAAACCUGCUUUCCAGUCAGAUAGGUUUACGUGUUGAUGUGGCUGUCGCUAGAGAAAGUUCUGGCUAACUUGGAGGACAUUGAACUACUACCAGGAUAUCUUGCACUCUUUUGUAUGACUUGCAAUUUAUCAUGGUCUACCAGUAAUGCUACGUAUAGAUACAGAAGUGUUUAUGUUCUGCAGCAGCAUCAGCAAAAGCUAUAUCCUUUUGUGCUAUGUCUUUUAUGUUUCUAAAAUCUUAGGUUCGUUGGAAUUUUUUUCUCAAUUAUGGUGCCCUUGUACAUAAUCGAACAUAAAAAAGAUUCGCAUACAUAAA